AUGGCCGUGCCCCGUACAAUGCUCUGGAGUAACCCACCUCAGCUGGGACCAAUCACGGGGAUCGAACCGCAACCGCUUCAGCAAACUGCUACAGACGCGCGCGCAGAGGCUUCGCGGGACGCAGCUUUCCCGACGGGCAAACGGGGACAGGAGGCCGCGCACCCGUAUCUCAGCGCGUGGGCGCCUCUGGUUGAGCGGAGCGGAAGUCGCGGGCGUGAGGGGAGCGGAAGUCGCGGGCGUGAGGGGAGCGGAAGUCGCGGGCGUGAGGGCAGCGGAAGCCGCGGGCGGGAUAGUGGCGGAAGCCCAGCAACCUCCCGACUGCUUCCGCUCUUCCCCCUUUCAUCUCCCGCCACGGGUUCUACGCCCCCCCUUCCCGCUUUCCCCGCAGCCCCCGCUGGCGCGACGUCUGCAGCAGCGCCUGUUGCGCUGACAGCGCCGAUGGCGCUAGGGGGUGUUCCCCCGGGCUGGGAAGACUGGGCGGCGAUAGCCCUGAUGGCGGAAUUGGCUGGGGGGAUUGGCAGCGUGCCCGUAGCACCCGCAUUUCCCGCGCAACCUCAGCUUAUAUCGGCUUCGUCAGCGCGAAAAACCGGAGCGGCGGCGGAUGAGUCCGAGCGGAACGUGCAGCGUCGGCGGGGUGGGCGGACUGGUGGCAGAGAGCGCUACGACUUGUGGCAAGGCCGGCGUUUCUUACAGGGUCUCGGUCGUUGUGCGCCUCUGCGCGCGGAGGCGUUCCUUCCGCCACCGCUCCUGGUUCCGCAAGUGAGCAGGGGCUCCAGAGAGGGGAGCAGGGGGACGGGCGCGGAACCAGGGGAGCGGGAAGCGGGAGCUCGAGCAGCAGGGGGAAAGAGCGACGGGUGGGCCAGCGGCGGGCGAGGGGAGGGGGAGUAUGGUCGGUCGUACAUGAUGGAAGGCGGGGGGGGCGGUGGUGGCAUGGGCGGAAGGGCGCUGGCGGAAGGGGAUGGGCAUGGACGUGCGGGCGUUUGGGGGAACGUCUGGGGAGGAGAAAGUGGAGCGGGGCCUGCUGGUGGAAGAGUAGCAGGCGGAACUGCGGAGGCCGGGGGAAGGAGAGAGGUUGGUAGAGACGCAAGCACAGAAAAGUCAAAGCAACAGGAAGCGGCAGCUGGAGGAGCAGGGGGAGCAGGGGGAGCAGGGGAGGCAGGCUGGGGAGGGGAGGCAGGGGGCGGAGGGGAGGCAGGUUGGGGAGAGGAGGCAGGGGGAGCAGGGGGUGGAGUUGCAGGGUCGAAAAUCGCCUGGGUCACGUGUGGAGCGGAGAAAGAGACCUGCGGGGACUCCGCCUGGGGGAACUCCUCCCGCGGGGGACUCCGCCUGUUGGUGCCCCCCUCCCGCGGACUCCGCCUGGGGGGACUCCGGCUGCUGGAACCCCUCUCCCGGGAACUCCGCCUGGGGGACUGGCGCGGCGGUUUGAGGUGCCUAGGCCGGGCGGGUGGCUACAGGGAGAAGUGCAGUGCUGUGGAGAGGGAGGGGAGUGGGAGUGGGGAGAAGGGAAGGGAGGGGAGUGGGAAUGGGAGUGGGGAAAAGGAGGGUGGUGGUUGUGGGAAGAGGGGUGAGGGUGAGAAGGGGGAGAGUGCGAGGGGGGAGAGUGCGAGGGGGGAGAGUGCGUGGGGGGAGUGUGCGAGGGGGAAGGCAGGAGGCGAGUGGGACGCGUUUGUGCUCGAGAUGACACGCGACACCUCGCUCCCGAAAUUCGUUGCAUCCGGUCCGCUUUUGCAAACCACAGUUGCUCUCACUACUCCUCCAACCCCUUCCUCCCCUGCUGCCACCCUGCCCACUACCGCGACCACUACAACUGCCGACCCGUCUCCUGCUGUCCAACUGUUACACAGCACCCAUCGAACCGCUCUCUGUGCCGACCAGGCGGCUCACAGGCGGGCUCGGUGCGGCAGCAGAGGAAAGCAGUUGGCGGAUCGUUUGGGGGGUGGCGUGUCAGAGCAGGUUGUGCUGCAAGCUCUUGUAACUGGCGAAUGUAUAGCCAGAGAGGUUGCUGCUGACGCAGACCACGCAACAGCAUGGAAGGCAACGCCAGUGGUUGAUGCUGCAGCAGCUGGUGGUGGUGGUGGUGGUGGUGCUGCUGCUGCUGCUGCUGCUGCUGCUGCUGCUGCUGCUGCUGAAGUAGGAUUGGCGGUAAUGGCACCGAAACGUACCCAUUCUGCAACAGAGCACGCGUUUCUGCCUGCUUUGGCUGGCGCCUAUGAGCCCAAUGAUGAGACUACAGGGCUGAAUAAGGUCAACGAUCCGUAUGAGCCCGUGCCAUCUGCUGCUGCUGCUGCUGCUGCUGCUGCUGCUGCUGCUGCUGCUGGUGGUCCUGCUGCUGCUCCUGUUGUCCUUGCUGCCGCUUAUGCUGCCCCUCCUGUCACCACUCAGCCCAUAGAGGUGCCAGCGGGCGACAGUGGGGGUUCAGACGAGCAUGCACUGGCAGUGGCAGCGGCAGCAGAGUCAGAAGACCAGCUCUCCGUUCCUGGGCCUCUCGCACUCCCAGGUGCACAGCAGCACGGGCAGCAGCGGCAGCAACGGCAGCUGGGGCAGCAGGGGCUGUGGCGGCCGCAGUUGGGGCUUCAAGGAGGCGAGGGACGGCAAGGGCAGGCGUUUAGAAUGCCAGGGUUCUGGCAGCACAACGCAAGGGGGAGCAGUGAGGGGAGUAGAGGGAAUGGGAGGAGUGGGAGGAGCGGGGGGCAAGGCCUCGGGGAGGGCGAGGGGUGGACCUCGCAGGGGAGUUUCACAGCGGAUGAAGGGGAGGGGGGGAGCAGUGAGUUCGCAACAGGGGAGGAGGAGGGGAGCAGAGGCGGUGCGUUGGCGGAAGGGGUGGAGAGGAGGGGACGAGAGAGGCAGGGGGACGGGGAGAGGGGCGGAGCGGGAGAGGGAGGGAGGCGGAGAGUGGGGAGAGGGAGAGACAGGGGGGGAGAGGAGAGGGAGGAGAGGCAGAGGGAUGUUACAGGCGUUAGAGGCGGAAGGGGCUGGGAAUCGCAGGUGGUGCGUCAGGUGGAAUCGCAGGCGGUGUUGCAGCUGGGUCGUCAGGUGGCAUUCGUGGUGGUGUUUCAGGCGUUUUGGGUGACGGCAGCGGCUUGGGCGGUAAUGGUCUGGGCGGCAGUGGCCUGGGCCGGGCAGUGGUCUGGGCGGCAGUGGCCUGGGCGGCAGUGGCCUAGUUGGUGGCAGCGGCUGGGCGUGGUGACGGAACAGGGCACAGAAGCAUCACAGAUAGAGCCUCCCCCUGCUGGCAUUUGA